CAGCAAACCUGGUCAGUCCUUUGAUUCUGUCUGGUAAGCCCUUUCGCAUUCACCACGUGGCGGCCUGGUAACCCCCAAACACACCCGCAUACUCUCCUCUUUAGAUCAUGAAUAAGGCGCAUAAAUUAUAAGACCCCGUGGCGCGGACAGCCCACUUCAUUCACAAGCUUUUAUACACCAGCCAUGGACGCGACAACAGGAGAGCCGAAAUCCCAGAUGACAUCGUCCACUGUUGGUCUCGUGAUGAAAGAAGGAAGACCGCCACCUGAAGAAGAAACAUCUCAGGUCCCUCGUCCCGAUGUCCGAUGGUACGAGAGACAGGACCUGUGGGCGUGGCUGUUCGGGAUGGUUUUCAUUGGCGGGCUGAUCGGAGCCAUCUUCGGACUGGGCAGCUACAGGGGUUGGUACGCACCCGUAGGUUUCGCCUAUAACGUUACCAACACGACCAGAGAGCGAUUUCUACCCGAGCCGUACAUACUGGAACCGGGGGUGAAGGGGAGACAACACCCUGACUCAGCCGGCCGCUGGUACUUUUGGAAGCUCCGCCCAGAACUGGUGACUCCAUGGACUCAAACGUUUGUAUGGGCCUGUUACACCGUCCAUCAGCUGCUAGCCUGGUGGCUCUUGUACCUGGCACAGGUGAACAAACAGUCACAGAAGGGUAAGAAGUACUCCACACGGCUGAGUAAGUACAACUGGGCAGCUAUGGCCGUGCACACCUUCUUCCACCUGAUGCACCUGGCGCAGACUCACCUGACGUACGACGCUACAGCACAGGACGUGACAAUCGGUAGUUCCCAAGGCUCGGUUAUCGUGGCCCUGCUGUUCGUUAUGAUCAUAGAGUUCCGGGACAGGGGUGUGUUCUUCGGCUGGCCUAAUGUCAAAAGCACAGAUAAAGUAGGAAAAGCUAUGCGGUCCCGGUCACGUGAUUCGGUGAGCUUCAUCCGGAAGUACCACGGGUACCUCAUCAUGUGGGCGGCGGUCUACACCUUCUGGUAUCAUCCAAUGGAAAACACGCUGGGUCACGUGAUGGGGUUCUUCCACACCUGGAUUCUGAUGCUGCAAGGAAGCCUCUUCUACACUGAUCUUCAUCUCAACAGAUACUGGCGCUUCACCCUGGAGGUCUGGGUGACCCUACACGGCGGGCUGGUGGCCUGGCAGACCGGCGGGCCGGACCAGAUGGGGACCAAGCUGUGGCCCAUGUUCCUGUUCGGCUUCCUCACGCUCAUAGUGCUGACUCAGCUGUACGGCCUACCCUUCUGGAAGCACCUCCCGGCCUGGUCACGAGGUAUCCCGGCCCUGCUCUACGCCGGAGUACUGCUCUACUGCUACAGCUGGAUCCCUGACGCAAACGGGCGGCCAUGGACCCGCCUGCACGAACCCUUCCUCAUCCCUCUCAACCAGUACCUCUUCCCAUUGGUCAUAUGUGGUCUUGUGACCUUUGGCCUGUACAUCGAACGUAAACUGACCAAUAGGAAAGCAGGAUACAGUUUGAGUAAUCUAGCGAGGGCGGGGUAUCUCUUCGCUUCUGUGUGCAUGUAUGUGGUCAUUGUUGUGCUUUCGUGGGCGCUGGAGUAUUUUGACGUACCUAUUCCAGGGCCAGCGAUGAUGUUUGCGCAUGUGCCGGUGUUUAUAUUGUUCUCUGUGAUCUCUGCCUUCUUCGUGAAAAGACUGGUAGAAGUCCCGAAUGAGAGUGGGAGGGUCAGUCCGGAUUUGGGGGGUGAGAUUCCGGGAAAGGGAAUUCCCGGAACGUUCCAGGUGAGCGUGAUAGAACUGGAACAUGGGCAGAUGCAGUUUAAGGAAUCCACCUUGAAGUGAUCUGACCUUGCCAAGAAAAACACGGGAUAGUGUGGUGUAAACUGUAGGGUGUUUGGACCAGACUGACCCAGAGAUCCUGGGUUCGAAUUCUGUCAUGCUACCGAUCUUGUGCCUUUGGGAAAGGCACUUAACACGACUUUCCUCACUCCACCCAGUUGUAAAAUUGGGCACCUGACUUUGUUUGGUGAGUUAAAAGGCGAUUGAAGGAGAGGGUUGGGCUCUGCCUUACAAGUCACAGUGGAUGAUAGACCCGACCCCCACCCCCUCCUUAUAGCCUUACAAAGGCUAUGGGACACUAUACCUCCAUUUUUUAGAUGCCCGAAACAUGGGAUUUAACAAUCCCCUACAAAGUUUCUAAGCUGUUAUCUAAACAUUCCAUUGACCUUAAGUAUGUAAUCUGUACUUGUAUUGAAUUUGUUCUGCUAGCACAGUGUAGUGACGCUGAAGAAGAAUGGUGGAUGUUACUCUAAAGUUCUAAACGUCCGGAAGUGAAUAUCCGUUUUUUAUCCAGUUGUAGAGAUUGAAUUGUAUUUGAAUAUGUAAUCUGUUAUUCAUGAAAGAUGGAUAGGAUUGCAACAUGUAAAGGCAUUGUGCCAUGUACAUAUCUGUGAUUCUGUGUAUAUAUUUUACGCAUUCUGCAAUGUAUAGUUUUGCCU